CAGUCAGUGGGGUUUUUGUAAUCGACAAGCUAAAUUUUGAGAGACUGGUCGUUUCCUUAAAGACAGAUUUCUGCAGUUUUUUGUUACGAAAAUUCACUUCUUCUCAUAGGGAAAUUACAUUCCUGUGUAUGGAAAAAAAAAUGCCUACAAACUUUCUUAGGUUUACACCAAUCGGACUGACGCACUUAAUGCCUGAUCCUGUUACUGGCAGCACCACAGUUUCUUCUGAAAGUUCCUUUGAAAAUGUGAAUGAGUCUUCGAGCUGCCAACCUCCUAGGAGGUCUGAACUUGAUCAAUCAAUACAAAGAACAGAUUCUAGCCAGCUGUCGUUGUCUGACGAUAUGAUUUGGCCUCAGGCGGCCUUAAAUAGACAAGGUGGGCUACGAAGACAGUUAAGUCUUCCUCGUGAGUCUGUUCUGAUUUUCGUCUAUUCUCCGCAGUUCCGACAAAACAGAUCCCGAAACGAUUUGGCAAGAGUCGGCGCUGAACUGAGACAGAUGGCUAAUUCUUUUGAAAGAAAUUCCAACGAAUCUCUUACUUGGAUGGAGAUUAUAGCGGCACUUUCAGAACAGCAUAUUCUAUUGUUGAUAGUGCCUAAUCUAUUUGGAAUAAGGUUUAUAAAAGCGAGGUACAAUUUUUGUAGGUUUCAAAAUCUGGAAAAUGCUACCUUUUAUCCGCACUUUUUAAAUGUUAUUUCAAGAAAUUGUUUACUGACUUUCACUACGGUGGAUAUCUUUAUUCGUUAUCUGAGAGCUCGACAAAGAAGAUCUAGGAUUUCAUUCAUCAAUGGAAACGAAGAAUCAAUAACACCAUACUCUCGAAUGCAGUUUUGGAAAGAAGUUUUUAUAAUGCUUCUGCUGAAUAUACCAAUAUUAAUCCAAUUAUUUGACUGCAGAAACCAAUAACAGACAGAACGAUUUGGAGAAUCCUUAUAUAAUACUCGACCUUCCCAAGACAUUUUGCAUUUCAGUCAUUGUGUUCUUAAUUGUAAAUAACAGAAUAAACAAGCUGCUGUGAACUAAUUUCUCAAUUUUAACGUAUACGAAAACACGGGCAAUCCUGUGCUUACUGUGAUCAGACUGAUUAGUCUUAUUGAACUAUUGUGAAUUGAGUUUUUUAAACUGAAUAAAAAGUUGAAAUCGCCAUUUGGCGAUUUGUGCGAAAGGAUGUAAAUGAUUAUUUAUUUUAAGUGUGUACGUCUGUGUCCUUUGUAAAUGUAAAUAAUCUUUGUCUUUUAUAUUAUAGCCAAAAAAUAAUUCAUGUAGAAGUUGCUGUUGCAAACAAAUGGCAGACAUAUUUUAGUGUCAUUUUGAUGGUAUGCACAUUCAUCUCAUUCUCUGCUGAAGUAUCACUUAUGUACAUGUUUAAAAGUUGUAUAAGAUAGUCUGAAUGUAAAUAAAGAUUUUUUUCUUUAAAAUA